AUGGAACUACUAAAGAAAUACUCAAUGGACAACUGCUCUUCGGCCAAGGCCCCCAUGGCCUUCGGAUAUAAGAUAUCUGCUGAUCCUUCUGGUGAAUCAGUGGAUCACAAGACUUAUAGAGGAAUAAUUGGCUCAUUGAUGUAUCUCACCGCAAGUCGACCAUACAUUGUAUUUGCAAUAGGUGGAUGCGCAAGAUACCAGGUUGAUCCAAAAAUGUCACACAUAACCGCAACAAAGCAGAUUCUACAAUACUUAAAGGGUAGUAAGACCCUUGGUCUAUGGUAUCCCGCAGGAAAUGACUUCAACCUACAAGCAUUCACUAAUGCGGAUCAUGUUGGAUGCGGACUAGAUCAAAAAAGCACUUCAGGUGGAUGUCAAUUUCUGGGUGGAAGACUCGUCAACUAG